GGUGACUACAACAAUUUCUCUCUUCAGCUUCUCUCCAGAUCGAGACAGACACAUACAUCGAAAUUUCUUGAAUAUAUCCGUCUCAAUGUGGCCCAAUUCUUAGUUAUCUUACCUUUAUCGCGACACCGGCGUGAUGGCGGUGCGGAGACCCCCUGUUGCAUCCGAUACACCGGCGGAGUUGCACCCUGAGACCGAACCGUUCAUUGCUGAGGAAUGGGGCCCUGAACUAGCCUCUGCGAUUAGUGAUGCUGACUGCCCUAGUCAGGCGUCCAAAAGCAGUUGGUAUUUGUUUAUAUUGACGUUUGGUAUGGGAGGACUCCAGGUAAUUUGGUCUGUCCAACACGCAAAUGGAUCAGUAUGUCACCGCGCGCCUAGUCCACGACGUCUUUUCUAAUUUUCCGUGUCUACGGCAAAGCCCUACCUUUUAUCACUGGGAAUGAGUAAGGCCCUGCUUGCGUGGGUGUGGGUAGCUGGGCCAUUGACAGGAACUGUCGUGCAACCUUAUAUUGGCAUUCGCAGUGAUAAUUGCCGUGGUCACUGGGGCAGAAGGAAACCGUUCAUAGCAAUUGGUGGUGCGACGACUGUGAUAUGUCUCUUAGCUUUGGCUUGGGUUCAAGAGUUGACCGGCAGCGUGUUUGCGAUAUUUAAUGCCGAUGUGAAAUCGGAUACGGUGAAAUCCGUAUCGAUCGUUGCUGCGAUCGUGCUUAUGUACUGCCAUGAUUUUGGAAUCAAUACAGUCCAAGCGGCUAUGAGAGCAUACAUUGUCGACAAUGCUCCAUCGCAUCAGCAGAAAUCCGCCAAUGCCUGGGCGAGCCGCGUCAGCGAAGCAGCAAGUAUCAUAUGUUAUGCCUUUGGGUACAUGGACUUACCAAAAAUAUUCCCCGUCCUGGGCAAAACGCAGUUCCAGGUGAUCUCUGUGUUAGGAAGCUGCUGCCUUAUCGGUAGCUUGUUAAUAUCCUGCGUCUUCAUUGAUGACCUUCGAACCUAUGACCGACCACGGACAGAGUUGACUACUAAGAACUCUCUCAGCAUGAUCUGGAAGUCUGCACGCUAUCUUCCUCCGCAAAUAAGAAAAGUGUUUGCAAUUCAGUGUGCCUCCUGGUUUGGAUGGUUCCCAUUUUUAUUCUACAUAACCACCUACAUCGGCCAGUUGUAUGUAAAUCCCAUCUUCGAAAAGCAUCCUGAUCUAUCAAAUGGCGAGGUAGACAAUAUAUGGGGGGAUGCUACUCGAAUUGCGACGUCUGCCUAUUUCCUGAACGCCGUCACUGCCUUUGUGGGCAGUCUAGUGCUACCGCUUCUGGUGGUAGCACCGUCACCGAAAGAGUUCGAAGCUCUCUCCAAUACCAACAGUGCUUCUGACCUGCCACAGCGGGCCUCAGUUCUGACCACGUUCAUGCAAUCUUCGACGCGUAUGCUGGGGAAGCUUCGGGUUCCUGGUUUAACGCUUCGACGACUGUGGCUGCUAUCCCACUUUCUCUUUGCUAUUUGCAUGUUCAGUACAUUUUUGAUAUCCUCACCUGGAACAGCGGCAGUAAUGACAGCAAUUGUUGGCAUUCCGUGGAUGAUCACGUCUUGGGCACCGUACGCAUUUAUUGCGACGGAACUUGCACAAAGCCAGAGCCAGUCGACGAAUGGGGAGUUUAUAGCAGAGAGCAUCCAUCGACCAGGCUAUCCCUACAAUGAAUUUGAAGAUACCGAUGGCAUCGGUGGGGCUGGUGUUGUUCUUGGGUUACACAAUGUUUUUAUUUCGUUUCCUCAAAUGGUGUCCAGUCUUCUCAGCAGCGUUAUUUUCAAAGCACUGCAGAAACCACGGGGAGAACCUUUUGAUAAUAGCGUGGCUUGGUUCAUGAGAUUUGGAGGCUGUGCUGCUUUAAUAGCGGGGAUUUUAACGGUUCCUCUCCAAGAUCGAGCUGCAGGAUAG